CGGAAAAGUGUACGAAAUUCCUGAUAUCCAUCAAGAAAGGUCGCAGUCUCAGUGCGACACAACAUAGAAGUGAGAUAAGUGGUGUUGUCAGCAAGUGUCCAACAAACUGCCGUUUUUAUGGAAUAAUUGCACGGAAGCGUCCUCACCAGUCCCAAAAUGUCUUGCAACAGGAACACGACGUCCUCAUGCUCUUCGACCUCCAAUGAUAUGGACAGUCUCGUGUGCAAUAUCAUCUCGGUCGCAUUGCAAGACAUGUGCGGGAACUGCGAUGAAGGAUCUACAGCCACAUCCAGAUGCACCGAUUGCACGGAGCUUCUGUGCGGCCCUUGCGUCCGAGCCCACCAACGCGUACGAUUAACCAAAGAUCAUCGAAUUAGUGCGCUUCCAAGCAAUAUUGUUACGUCGCCUAUAACAGUAGAUUCGGAAAUCAGUUCGCCAGAGGCAAAUGUGAGUCCUUGUAGUAUGACAAGCACACUCUGUGAUACUCACAAAUGGCCUGCAAGGCUGUUUUGUGGAACCUGUGUUGCAUUAAUCUGCAGCGACUGUAUUCUAACCGAUCAUGCAAAACAUGAAAUUACGUACCUACAAGAAAAGCACACUCCGAUUUCAGUGCAUUCGAGAUUAAAUCUCGAAACAAAAAGUGCAAUACAUGCUGUUGAAGAUGCAAUGAAAAGAGUUAAUUUUAUGUCUACCAAGAUUCAUGAGAAACUGCAAAAGACGUCGUGUGAAGUUCAAACCGUUUUCAAAAGAUACAUAAACGUUCUAGAACGGCGUGCUCAAGAACUCAUGAAGAGAAUCGACCAAAUCCAGCGUUAUAAAGCAUUUCGUCUUCUUACUCAAAUGGAACGUCUCCGCACAGCCCACAGUCGCCUAAAGUGUCUCUCAGAAUUGCUAAGCAGUUCAAUUGGUGGCACUUCCAACGAGAACGAAUUCGUGGCAGUCAACGAAAAAGUUCACAACGAACUAAAAGUUCUUCGUUCAGUUCAAUCUGAACUUUUUCCCUGCGAAACCGACAGCGUCUCAUUCAGUGUCGAAGAGAACGGCCUUUUAUCGAUAUUGAGUACUUUCGGUGAGCUGUCUUCAAUGCCAUGGCCUCCAGUAGCUUCAACCUCUCAAGCUUCAACACCCCCAUUUGACAUUUUCGACAUGAACCAACACUGCCGUCCAGUAUACGGUGUUUCAGAUCAAAUCGUCGUCACUCGGAUAAAUUACGGUCCACCUAAGAUGUUCUCCAGAGAAGGCGUCCAAAACGGGGAACUGUGCCGCCCAUGGGGGGUCUGCUGCAACAGUUUGGGGCACAUCAUCGUGGCAGAUCGCAGCAAUAAUCGCAUUCAAGUCUUCGACAGCACCGGCGUCUUCAUGUACAAAUUCGGCAGACAGGGAAAUGGGAUUGGAGAAUUCGAGCGUCCCGCGGGAAUUUGCGUCAGUCCUCUUAACCACAUCGUCGUGGCUGAUAAAGAUAACCAUCGUAUUCAACUUUUCAAGAUGGAUGGGACUUUCGUUUUGACUUUUGGAGAGAAGGGGUCUCAGAAUGGCCAGUUCAAUUAUCCUUGGGAUGUCUCUUGUAACACUCACGGUGAUAUCGUGGUUUCGGAUACCCGUAACCACCGCGUCCAACUUUUCACUUCAACCGGAGCCUUCGUCACUAAAUUCGGCUUCGAUAAUAAUCCGAUGUGGAAGUAUUUUGAUUCUCCGCGUGGCGUUUGCUUCACCCCUUCCGGCAAUAUUAUGAUUACUGACUUUAACAACCACCGGAUUUUAGUGAUUGAUAGAAAUUUGACCCAUCCACAGUUCCUAGGCGAGGAAGGUUCUAGACAUAGACAAUUUUUGAGACCACAAGGCAUUGCUUGUGAUGAUCAAGGUAACAUCAUCGUCGCUGAUUCAAAGAACCAUCGCAUUCAAGUGAUGGACAGUUGCGGAAAUUUCCUAUUUCUUCUCGGGCGUCCUGGUAAGAAAGAGGGCGAAUUUGAUAGACCCAGUGGACUCUGUCUUGGUCCCACUGGAAAAAUAAUUGUCGUUGAUUUUGGAAAUACUCGUAUUCAAGUUUUUUAAUCUGUACAAUAGGUUAUGUAAAGUGACUUAAGUUUGUAACUACAAACGCAAACUUCUCAGGUAUGUUAUACACCUACCUCAAAAAGAUCGUUUAGUGCGAUUUUCAUCUUAGUGUAAGUGUUGUCUAGCAUCGAAUCGUUUUUACCGUAUAAACUGUAAUUUGUACAGUAAAAACGACUUUGCUAAAUUUAUUUCAUAGAUGACUCAAAAUGUCAACAGAAUCUACAAUGCUGUUUAAUAUUAUAAAUGCAUAUAAAGACAAAGAGUUGUCUUAGUUUUGUAGACAGAUCUUAGUGUCAUUUUUAUUCGAAAUGCGGUACUUCACGGUAAUUCACAGCAUUUGUAGGUUCAGGUGACAUUUUGGAUCAUCUGCGAAUAGAUAUUAAUUUUAUUAAUUAAUUAUAAAAUUAAUUAAAUUAAUAUCUGCUCACAAUUAUUCAUGUCAUCAGACUUGUCAUGACUGAAUUUCAUAUCAAGUCUGAUGUGACAUGAACAAUUGUGAAUAGAUAUUAAUUGUAAUAGUUAAUAUUAUAAUUAUAUAAUUAAUUAAUAAAAUUAAUAUUUAAUAUCUAUUCACGGGUGAUUCAUGGUGUCAUCUGCACCUAGGAACGCUGUAAAUACUAGUAGCAGCAGAUUUCGAAUAAAAAUACCACUAAGUAAGUCUGCAAAAACAAGACUUAACCACAGCUCUGGUCUUUAUAUAAAAUUAAACGGCAUUUGUAGAUUCCAGUGACACUUUGAAUCACUUGUGAAUAUACACAUUAUUUGAAUUUGAUACUGAAUUUUGAAAGUACACAUUAUAACAAUUGAGACUGACUUUUAAGACUGAUUGUGAGUAGAGUUAGAAUUUGCUUUAAUUUUUUUCCUUUUACGUGUGCUCAACUCUAGAUAAUUAUUCCGUUUUUUUAAUUCUGUAUACACUUCAACCUUUCUUCUUUCUUUCGAGAUCCUGCGAUAGGUAAGACAAAAUGAGUGAAAGCUGAAUGACAUGGAUGUAGCGUGAGCAGAGUUUGUAUCAUGCGGUCUCCAUUAAAAUAACUCAUAUUAAGUUAAAGAAGAAAAGAGUAUUUUGCUAAGCAAUGUUAAAUAAAGGUACCUGGUGUUGUCCUGACGGGCAACAAUUCAUUAGUCUCGUUUUCUGUGUUAACUAAAGUGUGGCAUAACAUGCUUAAUUUUAAUUGUAAACAAAUUGUUAAAUAGUAAAAACAUUCAAAGUACAAAAAUCGAAUGUUGACUUGAAGUGAUUUUGUCGUACUUACUUUGAAUGUGUUUAAUAUUAGCGAGCUAUACCAUCAUAAUUUGACGAUAAAAAAGUUAAACUUUUCUAUCGGAAAAUUGUAAGUUCGCUAGUGUUUUUUAAUUGUUAACUUCGUAAGUAAAUCAAAAACCGGUCAUUAUAAUUUUGAAAAAUUUUUGUGUUACAAAUUAGUAAAUUUUAGACGAAUUUGAAAAUUCUAACAAUUUUAGAAUAUUUUCCAUACCCAUGAAUUAGUCAGUCAAAAAUUGGCUACACACAAAUCCUUAAAUUAAGAAUUUGUAUAUUA